GUUACAUAUGCUUGGAAGUUUCAGUCGUGACUAUAAAAGAGUCCAGUUGUACAUAAACGCCUAUGAAGACAAGAAGCUGCAUUAGCACUACCUACAAAAGGCAGAUCUGUCAGAGCGGACAAUGCUGUGCCUUCAUUUUCAGAGGAAUACAAAUCUUUGGAGGCCUUUCCUGCAACCUCUAUGGCCAGCAUCAGAAAACCUAUUUUCGAGGAUGGAACAGGACAUGAUCAGGACAGUUGAGGAGAUAAAAGCCAAUAUGAAACGUAUAGACCAGUUCCAUCAGCAGUUGAUGCAGGAGAUGGCACUUCAAGAAAAUACCAUUAUGCCAAUGCUGACCGCCGCUGACAUAAAGCCUAUUGAAGGUGGCUUUGUACUUUCUCUAGGAGUUCAGGACCUAACUCCACAAGAGUUGACAGUUAAACUGCUUGGAAGGAAACUGCUGGUGACAGGGGUCAAAGAAACAAAGAAUGAUGAUGGAAAAGGCUCCUUCUCCUACAAGUGUCAGAUCUUUAGAAAGGAGGCAGAUCUUCCUCAGGAUGUACGAGCAGAAGACAUGAGCUGCACUAUAACUACAGAUGGGCAGCUGCGAAUAGAAGCGCCCUGGAAGACCAUGCCAGCAGUAGAGGAGAGGACUGUGCCCAUCCAGCUGACAGCAGCCCUACAGGCAAAUAAACAAAAGCCAGGGGAUGGCAAAGAAGCAAUGAACUAAAGCAAAGUCCUUCAUUUUGCUUGUGCGUAAAGCAAGCAGUCAUCUAAUGCAUGAAUGUAUAUAUAUAUAAAUGUAUUUCCUGGUACAGAUCGAUUGCCUUGUUUAAGUGUAAGAGGCAGUGCACACACUGAUCUGUCCAUACAACUUGCUACAUUUAAAUAUUUUCUUUAUUAAAAUAUGAAUAUAUUGUUAUAACAAUCUUUUA